UAUAAAAGCAGCACUCGAGUCUCCGAUUGACAACAGUUGCAACUCAUUUGCUCAGCUUAACAAAUCCACCUGAAACACAACAACAAAGUCACAUUCAAAAUGUUCAAAGUUCUGUUCGUGCUCGUCGCUUGCGCCGCUGUCCAGGCCUAUGCCCAUCCGGGAGUAGUCGCCGUGGCUCCGGUGGUGCACACACCAGUGGUGGCUGCGGCUCCCGCAGUGGUGCACUCACCAAUCAUUCAUCACGGCGCCCACUCGGUGCACUCCCACGUUGUGCAUCAUCCCGCCCCUGUGAGGGUGGUGCAUCCAGUCGUCGCCAAGCCUGUGGUCGCUGUGCAUGCCGUGAAGCCCAUUGUGCCCCUAGUGCCAGUGCAUCAUGCUGCUCCCGCUGUUGUGGUGCAUCAUUAGAGAGCCUACCCGAUUUCCGAUACCCGCUCCUAACCCCUAACCCAUACCGACCCAUCUCCCAGCACAUUCCAAUACCACAAUAAAGGUUCAUAGCCACGUAAAUUUAAA